AGUCGCGGCACUGCCAGGUGGGGGCCAGGGGGAAAUGGAAAGUGAAGAAGAGCGGCGGGCAGGGCCACAGCCAUUUCCCUAUAAAUAUUAACGAGUGUUGACAAUGGACAAACACUAAUCGCACAGCUCUGAGGGCGAGCAUAUCCUAGAAGUCCCAGCAACAAAACCACAAAGCUCCAAGCACUAUGCGGCACCACAUUUGGGCACUCGCUCUGGCGAUCCUCUUGGCGGCGGGGGAGGCCAAGCCGUCGGCACACUUUGAUCAGCACUUCAAUCCACACUUCAAUCAGCACUUCAAUCACUUCGAUCCGCACCAUUUCGAGCACUUGGAGCCGCUGCACGCACCACUGCAGGCUCCGCUGGCGGAGCAUUUGGAUUACGCGGCGCCAUUCCUGCCAGCGCCUGCUCCACCACCAGCCUUUGCCCCAGCACCACCCGUAUACGCACCGGCACCACCCGUUUAUGGACCGGCACCAGCUCUUGUGGCUCCUCCGCCACCGCAAUUCAUUCCUGCACCACCGGUAUACGCACCCGCACCACCAGUAUUCGCACCCGCACCACUUCUGCCGGCUCCAGCUCCACUUCUGCCCGCUCCAGCUCCACUUCUGCCCGCUCCAGCUCCCCUUCCGCAUCAUCUUCUGCCAGCUGCCACGCCCUUCCUCCCACCCGCUGAGCUGACGAUAACCCACCAGGUGCUGCCACCCGUCCUGGAGGCCGCGCCCUUUGCGACGCCCACCUACCGGGCGAUUCCCGGGCCAAAGACCACCACCCACCAUGUGUCCAUCGGUUACGCCUUCCCCAAGCUGCUCGCCCACUCACACGCCCACCCCCACCCCCAGCACGCCCACCUGCGUGCCCUGCCCCUCACGAAGCUGAUCCACAAGCAUCACCAUUCCCUGUUCUAGGACUGCACCUUGGGCACCGAAUGGGAUGGAUUAAGCGAAGCUAACCAAAGAACGAAUCAAGAAACUAAUUUAGUAAAUCCCAAACGAUAACAUUCU